AUGUCGUCGAAGCUUUUGAUCGCCCUCCCCCACCAACCCCGCAUCCGCAUCGGCCCUGAUGCUGUUGUGAUUUUACAGCAUCUCCAGGUCCAGACACAACCGCCGCGGUGCUACCCUAUAUUUGCAUUGAUCUCGAGCGAGUACGUAAGCAGGCGGCGAGGGAACAAUAAAAAUCCGGGCUUUCGGCCUGAGGCAUUAACCCCACGGGCCCCAGCCUGCUCCACAUCCCACCUCGCGGGCACAUUCAAUCUUUCAUUUCUGUUGCUUCUGCGUUACCACCUCGUCCCUCCGCAUCUCGAUCCUCAUCACCCCGAGGUGCCUGAACCAAUCUCAAUCGAUCAGAAGCCCACGACUUCCGAGCUCACGCCAAACUUUCGCGGCGCCGCUCGUCAAAAUGCAUCGCCGCCAGCAACAGCGCCGCCGGGGCACCAGCAGGUCUGCUUACCUCCAAGCCGGCGUCCCUCCCUCUUUGGCCGUUCGAGUGCUGACGAUGAUGGUGGAAACAGAGACCCCGAGCGCCGCGUCGCACCGUACAGCCCGCCGAUGGGCCUCCCGACCUCCUUCGUAUCCCCCGCGCAGCCGAGCCCGAUACUGGGGAUGAUGUGCUACCUCAUACCGGCUCACGAGGGCGCCGAUGAACAACGAGGGUGCCUGACGCAGUUCCUCGUCGACCAUCUCCCAGCAGGGACAGUCAUGCAGCAUUGGCAUUUCAGCCACCAGAAGUUCCUGUCUGCGGCAACAAGGGACUACGAACACCACCCCGACGGCUGGACAGCCAUCGUGGAUGGGGAGAGCGUUUCGAGCACCCACCCAACUUAUCUUCGCCGACCCGACGUACUGUUCGUCCCUGGCAUGCUGGGCCCCGACGGCCUUGUUCAGCCAUUCAAUCUCAGCCAAAACAACCUGUCUCCCCAGCCGAAUCCGCAGUUCCUGGUUCCGGGCAAUCUCAAUCCCAUGGUCGCCGAUACCGAUGCUGAUGACAGCGCCACCCAGCUCUCGCCUCUGCCGUCCAGCCGUCGAUCGUUAUCGGCGGCCCCCCAGGAGUCAGAUGUGGAGUACAGCCACGCGGCAUCCCCCCUGCCCUUCGGCUCUCUUGGUGGAGAGGACGAGGCGAUGACCGAUGCCGGCCUGAGCGUGGGCAGUGCAGAAAGCGAUCUCUGCGACGGGGCGGACGCUGAAAGCCCCGAAGAUGCCAACCACAUGGACGUUCAGUACACGGUGGCCGAGGGCGCAGAUGCGGAUGGCGAGCACGCUCACACCGAGGACGUGGCCGCUGAGAGCAACGGAUCGCUUGACGAGAGAGACGACGCAGAGCCGAUCGGCCCCGAACACCCUGCCCAUGACGGCGGCACCGAUGCUUCUGAACCCAGGCCUUGCGAGGUCAUCGACCUCACAACCGACGAUGGCCAGUCGGACGGCGAUUCGAACGGACAGGAGAGCAGUGGCACAGUCGCCACCCUUGAGCUGCUCUACCAGACCAACACUCUUCCACCAGACGAACUGGACGGCAUCUGCGCCUUCUUCUGCGCGACCCCGACCGAGAUCGAGAGCGGCUUCGUCGUUCCUGGGACGGGCCAGAGCCUUGCCCUUCCCCAGCUCGCCUUCGUCUUCCAGUUUAUCAAGAAGUCGCUGGGCAGCAGGAUUCAGCCGCAAGGUCAGAUCUUGGCCGACGCCACGGGGAUGGGCAAAACCCACUGCAACAUGGCCUUGAUCGCCGUCAUGCGCCUGUUGCUACUGUCUGAAGCGCAUGUCCACAGGCACCCAGACAUCCAUAACCGCGGCAACACCACGUCUCCAUGCCCCGCGGGCGAUCCUUACGGCAUCCAGUGCGUCUGCGUCGCCGGGUCCCUGAGCAGCCGGUAUGUCAGUCGUCUGACGGGAGGCCCCUCGCUCGUCGUAUGCCCCGCCCACCUCGUCGAGCAAUGGGUUGCGAGGGCUGCCGACUUUUACCUACCGGAGGUCAAGGCCAAGGGGUCCCGGGUGCCCGACCGCUUCGUCGAGUUGCUCUCGUGGACGGAUGGGCAUGUGGUGAGCCACCCGUUUGGCACACCGGGCGUGGAUGCCCUCGCCGGCUUCGAGCCAUACCCCGCCGCGAAUCUGAUGGUUGGUAUCACCGCGAACCCCAACAGGGUGCCGGCUGCCCAUGCGAAAGAGGCGAUGAAGAACCCAAACUUCACCGCGGCUAUCAGGCAGCUACGGGACAAGAAGGGAGUCAAAUUCGAAGCUGACUUGAACGGCGCCCGAGCCGCAGGCCAGAGCAGGUUGGUCCUCGUCAUAUCCUCGUCGGUCGUUAGCCACAAGACGGGCGCCGCGCAUGCAUUUCGGGUACCGGUGGACAUUUACUACGCCGGUCGGUCGGGUGCCGCCCCCCUCUCGUUUCCGAUGCCGAUAGUGCCGACGUUGUUCGUGUUCGACGAAUGUCACUCGAUCAAGGAUGGAUCGACCCAGUUCUGGAAACGGGUCGACGAUAUUCACCGGCUCUCGAGUUCCGAGCCUCGCAGGACUCAAUGGUGCUUCGCAAGCGCGACGCCAAUAUCGACGAAGCCACUUGACGUAGCGAGCAUCUGCCGAGUUCUCUUCAACCCCGAGCGCGAGGCCGAUCGGGUGAGUUCGGAAUUGCUUGCAUUCAACGGCCGGUUCCUGAAGCUACAGUCGCCUGCGGGCCACGGGACAGACAGUCUGGCCCUCACAGCAGCAUUCGCCGCCGACCUCGCCCGGUUCCUAAAGCCGAUGAUAAUAGCAAGGACCGGCGGCAGCCCGAUUCUGGACCAGACUGUCGCAGGCUCUCGCCAAGGCUACACAAAGGUGACCAAGACAGUCUCGGUUCCGCCGAGCCUGGCGGGUGAUCUCGAAGAGCUGGGGAGGAUUUGCCGGGAGGGAUUGUCGAGGCAGGGCAUUCGUCCCGACGAAGGCCUCAACAUUCUGGUCAAGAUGCCCGUCUUCACCCAGUACUUCUGUGCGGCCAUCAUGCCCGCCAUAGCGUCCGCCCAGCUUACCAUGAGCCGCUCUUCGAGCACUUACCCGUCUCGCGCCGUAGAAGUUGACCAGGACAUCGAGGAAGGCGACCGGGGCCUCAUUUCCCGAUCCGCGCACCUGCACCAGGGGCACGACUGGCUUCGAGAGGUGACCAGGAUCCUCCUGAUGGCGCACGGCGAUCGCGGCUCGGGGUCGACGGAGCGGCAGAAGCACGUCCUCGUCAUUGCUGCCACUCCAAGCCUCACCGGCCACCUAGCAGUCAUCCUACGCGGCCACGGAGAGCUUCUCGGCAAGGUCGCCGUCCACCGCGUCUCGUCGAAGAGUGUGGCGAGGCAGAGAGAUGGCCAGCUCAAGGCGAUUGAGAAACAAGCGAUCGAAUCCCAGGAGACACACGUCAUCAUCUCCACGGCCAACCUCGUUGGCACCGGCACGGACGCGCUUACGUUUUGCAACUAUCUCAUCAUCUUCGGAGAGCUUUUCAUGCCCCACCACGAGGGUCAAGCAGUCGGUCGCGUUCGCCGCCGGGGACAGCGAUUUCCCGUCCACCUCUUCCACGUACGAUCGUCCCAUCAGACGCACAGCCUUGUCCGUCAGAGAAACAAGGGAAGGAUGACCCUGCUAAGCGAUUUUGGAUGCAUGAACGGCGGAGACGAGGAGUGA